CAAGUGGCUCCUCCCCUUCAGUCUUGCACAGGUGUACCGGCUCCUCCCCUUCAGUCUUUUCAGUCACAGGUGUACUGGCUCCUCCCCUUCAGUCUUGCAAUCAGGUGUACCGACUCCUCCCCUUCAGUCCUGCACAAGUGUACCAGCUCCUCCCCUCCAGUAUUGCACAGGUGUACCGGCUCCUCCCCUUCAGUCUUGCACAGGUGUACCGGCUCCUCCCCUUCAGUCUUUCACAGGUGUACUGGCCCCUCCCCUUCAGUCUUGCCAGGUGUACCCCCUCCU